AUUGACGCAUGCGCACAGGAGACCCAGGACCAGUCGAGGAGAGCGCACGCGUCCUCAACGUUCGUUAUUUUGUAUUUCUUCCUUGUGCUGAGGUUUGCUAUUUAGGUACUUCAUGCUGAACUGUGGCUGUUCAAGAUCACAACAGUUGUGACAUUUGCGUUCAAUCCCAAAUGCCUCAAUUCAGAGAUGGUUUCUCCGUUAGCACAUUGAUGCCAAAUUGAACAACAUGUCUUCCAAUUCCAUUCUCCUGUCCUCAACUCUUUACCGAUGUGGCGUCUGCUUCAACUUGUUCUCAUCCCAGGAGGAAUGUUACAGUCACAUUGUGACACAUGAAGCCGGCAAGAUAACAACUGAAGAAGAUGCCCUAGCUAGCAAAGACGAAGAGACUAGCAAAGACGAAGAGACUAGCAAAGAAGGAGAGACUAGCAAAGACAAAGAGACUUCUGUCUCUCAGCCUUCAGAAGCUGUCAUCCAGCAAGAAAAAUCUGUUCCUGAUUCUGAAGAAGGCGUUGACAUUUCGGGACAAGUCAUUCUGACUGAAGCGGAUUCCCAAAAAUUCAUGGUCAUGCUGGAUGCAGGAAUGCAAAAUGAAAGUGAUCAUGUGAAAGAAAAUGCAUUGGAAGAAAAAGGGGAUGGCGAUGGUAAGAAAGGAUCAGAAAUAGUAACUGUCAGGAAAAAUAAUGCAGGGGAGAUAACUUCAAUUAAGGUUGGGAGAGUUGGAGAGGAUGGUGGUGAUGUUGAGAAAGAUGUUGAGAUGGUGACUCCAUCUGAAGGUGGUGCUGGAGAUCCAGAAGGUGGUGCUGGAGAUCCAGAUCCAGUUGAAGUGUGGGUUGGCAAAGUUGGGGACUUGGUUCGGGGACGGCCUAGUCAAAAUGAAGAUCUUGAUAUUGCAGACAUUUUGAUCAACAUCAAGCAAGAAAAGGUGGAUUGUGAAAGUCCUGAAGAACGGGCAGCAAUUCAGGUUCUAGCAGAAGGUCGAGCUGAAGCAGGAAUAAGUGACCUUACCCUUCUGGCGAGCCAGAUUACCAAAAGUGAAAAAGUUGAGACACAGUUGUUGGUGUCAGCAGAGGGUGUAAGUAAAGAUCCAACCCUCAGAACAAAGAAAAAGAAAAAGAAGAAAGGGCGCAAGAUUAAAAAGGAGGCUUCCAAGGGUCCUGUUGUUAGAAAAAAAAAGAAUGUCGAAAAUGAAGGUGAAGAUUUAGAAAAUGCUCAUGCAUGCAAAUAUUGUGGGAAGAGGUAUGCAAUUAUGAAAAGUUUGAAGUAUCAUGAAAGAACACACGACUCUGAGAACCUUCUGUAUUGUGAUAUAUGCAAGAAGGGUUUUGUGAAACCGUCUCAGCUAGCUAACCAUAAGAAGAGUCACAUUGCCCGCGAAGAGAGGCACAAGGAUGACUUAAGAAGUUUCAAAUGUAAAUAUUGUGAAAAGGAGUACAGGAUUGAGAAGAGCUUGAAGCAUCACGAGAAGGUCCAUGAAGUUGGACAUCGACACUGGUGCAGCAUCUGUAACAAGAACUUCUUCAAACCCAGUGACCUGUCCCGACACAAGAAGGUUCACGAACCGCUGUCGAAGUGUUACAUUUGUAACAAGCCUUUUCGAGAUCCAUCCAAAUUGGAAAUUCACGUUCGGAAGCACCCUGAGUUGAUGCUUCUCGAGAGCAAAGGACAGCAGCGAGUUUCUAAGUCCAGUGUUUUACAUUGUAAGUACUGUUACAAGAGAUGCAUCAGUUUCUCCCAGCUAUGCAACCAUGUCCGCACACACACAAAGGUCAGACCUUUCUCCUGUGACAUCUGUGGAAAAACUUUCAACCGAGUCAGCAACAUGAGACUUCAUAGAAAACUCCAUUCUGGUUUAAAACCUUUUGAGUGUACUAAGUGUAAAAUCAACUUUGCUGAUUGGGCGAAUCGGAACCGCCACAUGAAAAAGUACCAUGAUUGUGCUGAUGCGCUUCCUGUGAAUUACAAACCCAGAGCUUCAAAAGUCUCGGUCAUGAAAGACCUACCACCACCACCUAAAUUUAAAGUGAAACGAGAGGCUUUGGUUGCUGAGGUUUUGAAUGCGUACGAGGAUUUGGAUAAUAGAUGUGGGGAAAGCAGUGUUGUAGACCUGAAGGGUAAAACUAAGAGUUUGGUUCAGUGUAAAACAGUGGAAGGAAUUCCACAGCAGGUUCAAGAGAUGAUAUCUUUCAGCGACAACCUGUCCGGUGUUCCCGUCAAAGUAGUUGCGAACUCAAGUGUCCAGAAUACACCGGCUAGUUCGGAACAGGUGUAUGUUGUGUUCGAGGACAAUCCGUCAAUAUGCUACGUGCUUGAGUAUGAAGGGGACAAAAAUGCAGCCAAGGUUGAGGUCGAUUCCAUUCCAAGCGCGUCCACUUCGGUUGAGUCUGCAGGGAACGGCCUCGAGAUGCUGGUGAACCAGAGUGAGGCCGUUCAGCUGCUGCCCACGAUGUACGACCCUGGGAAGUUGACGGUGGAGAUGGUGGAAGACAUCUCUGUUGAUCCAGUGGAAGAAGAGUCGGAGGAGGACCCCUCGCUGGAUGAUGCCAAUUCCGAUAUUUCCAAUAAAUCAAAUAAUUAUGUGGCGAGGGUACCGAAAGUACCGCAUCCAGUGAUAAAGAAGGAAGAGGAAGAAAAGAGAUUCUGUUGUGGUGUUUGUGGGUUGCGCUUCAAACACAGAGUGACUCUUCGAUUUCAUAACAAGAAGCAUACAAAGGAGGGAGCCAUAUAUUGCAAAAUAUGCAACGCUGAAUUUUUCCGUAAAUCCAGAUUGAAUGUUCAUAUGCGGGAUCACACAGGAGAACGGCCAUAUAAGUGUCCGGAGUGUGAGAAGUCCUUCAAAGUGUCAUACGAUCUGACGGUUCAUAUGAGAACGCACACUGGCCAGGGCACUAUCAAGUGUGAUCACUGCGGCAAGGUGUUCUACACGAGGCGAGCCCUGAAUGCCCACAUGAGGAACCAGAGCAACGUGAAGCCUUACUCAUGUACGAGAUGUGGCAAGCUGUUCAAGCGUUCUGACCAAAGGAGACGUCACAUGCUCACCCAUACAGGUUCCUUGCCGUUUAAGUGUCACUUGUGUGAUCGCAGCUUUGGGGAUUCCUCCAAUAGGAAAAGACACGUUAUCAAAGCUCAUGGAAAGAAUGCUCUCGAGACUCUACCCAAAGACAGAGUUUCCUUAACUAAAGGUUUAGAGAAGUGAGUUCUAUGGUCAACGUUCCCUGUAGAUGUUAUCUGCUUUCGUCAGGACAAUUCUUGGGGACUUCUGUCUGGUCGUCUUUUGUAUAGGAAGAGUAGCAGACUUCUUGGAUGAACUCUUUCCUUGAUGAGAGUGCCAUGAUGUGCGUUACAUUAUGUGCAAUGAUCUAAUGUGGACGCCUCGUUUACAAAACAAGCAUCAGGUCACAACAAAUUAAUUAUUUCUUCUUCAGGAUGUGGCUUGUCUGCUUUGGCAAAUUUUCUUAACUUUAAUAACACUAGUAAACAUGGUAAAAGGCACAUCAUACUAUGCUUUUACUUCAAAACAAUUUCCAAUAUUGCAUCAAGAUGUAGAUGAGUAAGCACUGUAAGACCUAAUUCAAAGAUCACUGAUCAAUGAGACAUUGUUAUCAUGGUUAUUUCCAUCUGGCAGGGAAAUAAAUACCUUGAAAAUUAAAAAAACAAACUCUUGUAAUGGUAAUUUGGAAAAAUCUGUGGAGGAAGUAAUUAAUAUUUUGUGCCCUGAAUCAUGCUAAACAAUCUGUGAGAGGAGAUUGACCUAGAAACCUUGCAUCACUUAGCAUGUGGGGAACAAGGCGGACAGGAAUUCGUAUAUUGUAACAUAAUUAUGUACUGAUUUUGCUUCCCUUACCCAGUCCAGGAUCUGCUGAUCAAGGGUGCAAAUCAGAGAUUCAAUCCGGUUAUGAUCCUUGGUUUGUAGACAAAGGAUUUCAACAUCUACGACCAAUGUCACUGAGGGCUUUCCUCCAACAUGCCCUAAUUGCACAAAUACCGUUCAAAGUGGUGUUAAGCAUGCUAUUCAAGCAUUGGCCAGGUAACUGCCUUGAUCUUGUAUGACAGCUUUGGAAAGUGGCAGUUGUGGCUACCCUAGCGAAGUGACAGAACUUAAGCCUUGAUUGAACCUGACAGUUAGUUGUUUUUCUGUUACUAUUGUUAUGAUACUAUUUAUAUUUCUAAAUAUUGGUUACUGUACAGAUGACGUUCAUGGUUUACAUGAUAAUUUUUAAUUAUAUCAGUUCAUGUUUUCUUCAACAUCGUUCAAGUUCAUUGUGUUCAUUAGCUAACAGUAAGAAUACACAUGGAAAGACAUCAAGUGUUAAGUCACAGCCCUGCUAGUAAGUCUGCUAAUAAGGUCAAAAAGAUUCACCAGGCACCUUAAGCUAUAUGAUAUGAUAUAAUAUAUGACAUUACAUGAUUAAAUAUUAAUAUGACAGUGUUCCAAAAUAGGGAUGGUCCUAGGGUCUUUGAGGUCUCCUGGUGGCCUUGAGGUCUUUUGUGGUGCUUGAGGUCCUUGGGUCCUUGAGGUCUUCUUGGGUCCUUGAGGUCUUCUUGGGUCCUUGAGGUCUCCUGGUGGCCUGAGGUCUGGUGGUCUUUGAGGUCUUCUGUGGUCUUUGAGGCCUUCUAGUGUCCUUUAAGCCUGGGGUCCUUGAGGUCUUCUGGGUCCUUGAGGUCUUCUGGGUCCUUGAGGUCUUCUUGGGUCCUUGAGGUCUCCUUGUUUAACUGUUAACAUUAGUGUAAUGACAUUAGGACCCCUUGACGCUCAUGCUUACUUUCACACACAAGAUCUUAGUCAGUGAUAGAAAUUGAUAUUAGUUUUCCCUUGUCCACAGAAAUAUUCUGCUUCAGAAUUGCCAUAUACCUAAUAGUCAAGUAGUAGCUCUGGGAAUUGUCGCAAAUCCUUCCUGAAAUUGGCCUCAGACUUGUGAACUUUGUUAAUUUCCAAUCCCUCUUUAAAACCUUCUAUUAUUCAAAUUUCUUUUGUAAGCCAUCAUGCUAAUUUCCUUACAAGGUGCGAAUGAUAUUGUGUCAUGAUGUGUAAUGUUGUUUAUGAAUUGCCAUGUCACCUGCACACCAACGCGUAUCUUGCUUGCAGCUGUUGUCAUGUUGGCCUGGUUUGGUCCGGGUUAGUUCCAGUUGGUUCUGGUUGGUCCUGGUUGUCGGUACAGUUAAACCUGGGUACUUCCACAGGGCUUGGAUGGUGAUACCACUUUUACAAUAUCUCGUCUAGGAUAUGAUUGUCAAGAUUUGCUUGAUUCUGUUUUAGAAUAGGUAUUCAGAAGACCAAACUUGUGGAUAUGGUUGGUUUUUUAACAAAGUUAUACUGUAUUAAUGUACUGUAUGUUGAAAGGACAUUGUUUAGAAAAGGGCUACUAUUUGGUAAGAGUUAAAAAGAUAGUUUAUUUUAUUCUUUUACAAAUAUUUUUGAAAAAAAACAACAAAUGACUGAGAAUAGUGUUUCUUAAGUCCAUGAUGUUUAAUUGAAGUAGUCAAGAAGAAUACAGAAUCACCACUUGGAAAUAUGAUAUACUGCUCAAAAGAAGUUAAAGAACAUCCUAUUUCUUCAUAUGACAAUCGUUAAUUUGCCAUGACGGGGUGAUCUGUAACUUCUUUUGAGUAGUAUAUAGGAGAUAAAAUAAUGAUAUAGGUUCCUGUUAAUAUUCUCUGCCUUCCUUGCUUUUGGGGGCGGUGGGUAGCCUAGUGGUUAAAGCAUUUGCUCAUCACACCGAAGACCCGGGUUUGAUUCCCCACAUGGGUACAAUGUGUGAAGCCCAUUUCUGGUGUACCCCGCCAUGAUAUUGCUGGAAUGUUGCUAAAAGCGGAGAAAAACCCAUCUCACUCACUCACUCCUUGCUUUUGAUGAACCACAUGUAAAUGUUACAAGGUCCUGUCAGAAGAUUAAUGAAGCUGAAAGAACAAAAGGUUUAUCAUUUACAGGGCGGGGUGAUUGAGAACCUAAUUAGUUUACACAUUAACCUUAUGGUACUGAUGCAUUAUACUGGACACCAAUCCACCAUGUUUGUUUGAUGCUACUAAUAAAGUAUUUUGUAUCUA